CAUGUCACUCAAGUCUCAGUCAAUCAAACCAAACCAUCUUUAGAACUUGGACUUUCGCUUCGACCUUAUCCUUACAAAUUUGUGCGCCAUGCGCUUCGACUCUUUGAAAUGUUACACAUAACAAGCAGUUCGUCGCCGGUUGGCUCUGCCAUCUUCUCGUGCAUCGCUUUAGUUGUCAUAUCUCUCGUCGUUCUCCUUAUUUUACGAUACUAUCUCCCGCUACGAACGACACCAGCCUUUUAUCUCAUUCCCAUCUUCUUCGCCUUAUGGCUACCAACCAUUGUCGUGAUCCUCGUUCCGGUCGAUCUUGCCUCGAGCGCAGUUACUGGUGAUGAAGAGUCAAGGGGAAUAUGGCUACCUGAGCGAGUCAUACUUGUUUCAUGGCGCAUUUCAUAUUGGUUGACAUUUGCAUUGACAUGGUUUAUUCUUCCAAUCCUUGCCGAAUACUCCGACUCUGGAUACCGAGAACCAUACGACAAGUUCAUGUACUCGGUUCGUAGCAAUGCCCAGUUUCACGCCAUCGUCUUAGGUUUUGGUUUCGUGGGGCUCAUUUACUAUGUCAUCUCCUCCGGCUUCUCCUUCAAGGUCGACGUUAUUAAGGGAACUAUUAUGGCUCUCGCAUACUGUUGGGGAUUAAUUCUCGCCAUCUACCUCAUGGGUCACGGCUUAGUAUCGAUACCUCGACGACUCAUGCGCGGCGCAAGCAUCAGUGGACGACUACGACGACUCCAGAGCAAGGCGCCCAAGGUUUACGAAGAGAUGGAGGACUCGAUUACCAAACUUGAGGAUAUUGAGGUUCAGGUUGCGGAGCUUGGCCGACGCAAGACAGGAAGCGCAAACACAUACCGAGACUGGAUCGAAGAACUGCAAGAAAUGGCCAAUCUUCCCGAGUCACAACCCCGAGGCACCCGAUUUGGUUCCAGCUCCGAUAACAAUAUUAUCCCACAUGUCAUCACCGAAAAGUAUCUUGCCGAUCUCACUAGGAAGUAUGUGCGCGCCAGACACGCUCGAUCUCGAUAUGUCAACGCUUGGAGUGACCUCGUUCAAGAAGCUGCCGAAACGCAAGCGAUCCUGGACUCGGCAGCAUCGAAAAAGCUCGACUUUGGCGAAGUGUCACCUCAUGCAACCUUUUGGGAAAAGACCGCCAUCCUGACACCAUAUACUCGAUACCUCUACUAUUACCAAAUCUUGCCUUAUGCUCAAGUCCUUCUCGGUUUAUUCUUGGCAGCAGCCUCGGCUUGUAUCGUCUGGUCUGAGGUCGUCAAGUUUGCAUUCCCCAAGCUUUCUAUCAUCAGAUUAACUGUGGUUCAUCAUUGGGUUGGCGAUAAGCCUGAGGUCGGCUUCGCUGGACAGGCCAUCUCGUCAUUCUGGAUCUGCUACAUGUGUGCAGCGGCACUUAUUUCGAUGACCGAGGUCAAAGUCUGGCGAGGUCGGGCCCUUGUUCGACGAAACACCGCUCAUGAGUCCGCUUUUUGGUAUGCGAUGCAGGUGGCCAAACUGACUAUUCCUAUCUCUUACAACUUUAUCACCUUCCUUUCGAGCCAGGUCUACAACAAGACUGUCUUUUAUCACUUUCUUGGACAGCUCAUCGACUUUACGCCACUAGGUCGUUAUUUUGACGACCUGUUUCCUGUGGUCGUCCUAUUCCCUGUGUUUGCUACCCUUUUUGGCAUUUACGGUCGAGUCAAACGAAUCUUUGUUGGUAUGGAUGUAAUGGAUGACGAAGAAGAGAAUGGCACCACUUAUGGUACCGGAUCCUGGCGGGAAGGCCGAGAUCUCAUCUCUCGUGAACUAGGUGGAAACACCCUCUUUCAUCGCAGAGAAGAUGCACUUGCUAGAAUAGGGGCUGCUGGAACAGUUGGUGGUAGAUCUGCUCCAAUUUUGUCUAUACCAUCCGCCCAUGGUGCCGCUUCUUCACCUACUCGGUCUCCAGCUCGAGCUCCAGCUGCGAAUGCCCGCCGUGGCCCAGAACAUCGCUAUGGUGCAAACUGGAACGACGAGCCGCCGGAAGACGAUAACCUCUUUACCAUCAUCGGUCACCGUAUGAAAAACACCAUGGAUGGUAUCGAAGCCCCUAAAUGGUUUAACGAUAUCAAGAAGCCAAAGUGGAUGGGUGGCGACGAUGAUACUGCAGGUGCUGGAUCAUCAAGCUCGGGACCUGAUUUCCGUAGAUGGUUUGGUGGUUCUAGCGAAGGCCAGAUUCGUAUCUAGCAACAUCAUUUCUAUACAUUGGCGGCGCAAGGUCUUUUGGGGAAAAGCAAGAACUCUUUGAUUUUUAUUAUGCUUUUGUACUGUCUUAUCUUCCCUACUAGAGUCGGCAUGGAUAAACCGUCGUGGAGUUGAAGGACUAAUUAGGGUUUUAUUGACAUGUUCAUGCGUGAGUCGUUUCUUAUUGUAAGUCGGACAUGAGGAAACGGACUGGAUGCUACCUGGAUAUCAUGGAGGCAGCUAUUGAUCCUGUCAUAAGACGCUCAUAAUUUAACGUAUU